AUGGUGUUUCUCGUUAAAGCUAUUACACAGCAUUCAGGCAAAGCAAGUACAAACAAGCGUAAUUUACAUCUUUAUAAACCCAAUUCUCCAAUUGAACACUUGGCAAUGCAUGGGUCCACCGAAGAGGGAAACAUAUUGGAUGAUGCUAGCUUGGGGCAUCUCGUGAACCUCAAAAGCACUGAGAGUGAUGGAAGUAGUGAAGCAGGCCUCAAAAACUCCAUCUUCAAUCGUUUGGGUUCUAUCAUCCCGUAUGGCGGUCUUCUGUCGACGACCUUCAACCUUGCCAGCGCUACACUUGGGGGCGGAGUGAUCAGU